UGUAAAUUUUUAGUUAAGGUUUAUAUUGGUACAAAAAUAAAAUCUGGACACAAAUUAGUAUAGCUGAAAAAUAAGAGGGAAGAAUAUAUGCUUUAAAAACAAUACUUACAAGUUGGAUGUGGUUUUAAGACUUGUCGUCCAAUGAAAAGUAAGUCCCACCCAUCUCUUUCUGAAUAACCUUCAUGAUUGGCUAAUAUAAAAGUCAGUUUCUUUCGCUGUCCUGGCAACGUUCUCCGACACGGAAGUUGUCAUCGGCGCGAAAGACUAACAUCCGAAGCUCAAAGCGGAAGAAAACAAGUGUCAGUUACCGGACUUAGUCCACAGCUGAGGGGAUGGAACCCACCUGUGUGUCUGUAGUGUGUCUGUAGUGUGUCUGUGUCGGUGGUCAUGCAGCGGAGUAAAGCGUCUGUGAGUGUGGAGGUGAAGCAGGUGAUCGCAGCUCUGUGCAGACUGCUGGCGGCCACCGGGCUGGACUCGGUCCCAGCACCUGAGACCUUCAGACGGGCCAAAUUCAGUGGUGGACCCGAGGUGGAAGGUCAGUUUUGGAAGCUCCUCGCCACCAUCCUCCAGAGAACUGGUGUUGUGUCCUCUGAAGACAGCUCACAGCUAAGAGGAGACUCGGAGCACAGGAAGCUGGUGGCUGCAGGCCUCUGGCAGACUGGUUACCAUGCUGACUGGAUGUGUGGGAGGGAGGCGGGAGAAGAUGAGGAGGGGAAGAGUUUGUCCAGCAGAGAUCUUCUACUGGCACUGGGCUGGCUGCUAGCUAAAGGAACACUAGAGAAACUGCUGACACAGAGAGUCCAGCAACUGGACAAAACCCUACUCACAUCUCUACCUGUGAAUACUCAGGUCUCUCAUGAGCUCCAGUUAGACUUGACCUCCCUGCGGAGACUUCAGUGGCUCGUUGGCUAUCUGAGACACCAGAGGCGGAUCCUGCUGGCCAUGAUAGAAGAGCGAGCCCAGUUACUUCAUGCUGUUUUUUCUGCCGGCCUCCCCUCAGCUGUAUCUUCCUCCUCCGAUUACAGUUCUACAGCACUGAAGGAUGACUGCGUUUGUAUGAGGCAUCUCUGUGACCUCCUGGAAACAUACCUGAACUGGAAACAGGUGGAGAAAGUCUUUUGGACCUGGAUGGACAGUGUGGUGGACUGCCAUCUGACAGAACCCGUUGUUAAGACGUCUGUACAUACACCCCAUGUGUGUCACCACAAAGACCAGGAACGAGUGGAAUUGGACGACAUGCUAUCGAGACUGCCCACAGCACAGAAAGGACCGCGGAGGUGUAGAGAGGAAACUGAGGACAGAGGAGGAGAGAGGUUGCAGAAUGGACUGGACACCUCCUCUCUCUUAUGUCGCCCCUCGCAGGCCUACAGAGUCAGGCUCCAGGUUGAGAGGCCGCUCAGCGACCACAUCUCCACAGCCGAGAGGCUCCAUGACAGCACCAAGGCUCCCGACACGUUCCCAGCAUCUCAGGCUGCACAGCUGCUUCUUAAGACGGAGGCUCUGCUGCUGGAGCGGAGGGACAGGCAGAGACUGGCCAACAGGAUGCAGCUGCAGGAAAUGAUUGGUGAACUGGAGGGACUGGUGUUGAUACCACCAUAGACUUUUAGUUUUCAUCGAAUGUUUAGAUUUUGCGAUCGUAAAUGAGACACUGUUGACAAAUUGACAAGGACCUGUCUAUGAGAUAUGUUUUUCAGUAAUGAUCAUUUAUCUUUUGGUGCUGCAAUCUUGUGCUGGAGAUGAUCCAGGGAAUAGUUCCACAUUAUCAUGAACCAGCUGAUCAAUUUAUCAGAUAAAUACACAUCAGUGUAAUCUGACCUUCCUAAAAAGACAGAUUAUCUUUGAAUAAACAUUGUUUUGUACGUUGGUAGUGAAACUUCGUGAAAAUUUGCUAACAUGGAUUUAUGGCAGCUAGCAGGGGAUCAUCCAGAUGUUUUGGCUUCCCUUUUGGAGAGAUGUCAUGUCAUCCAUCUUUCUAUUGUAAUUGGAGGAAACAGCUGGCCUGGCUCUGUCCAAGAUUGAAACAAUAUGGCAGCAAAAACUUCUGAAGGUCACUAAAUCUCAUGUAUCUCAAUUGUUUAAUAAAACAGGAAUGUAAAUGUCAAA